GGCCCGCCCCGGGCGCGGGCGGAGGAGAGAAGGAGGGGUGCGCGCAGCGUCCAGCCUGCAGAAGCCGGGAGCCGCGCAGGAGGACGGAGCGUCAGCCGCGAGCCGGACCGAACCGAUUUGAUUUGUAUCCACUGUGAUCAGCACUCUUACUUAGGACUUUCCAGAUCCAGACCCAGCACUCCACAGUAACUCCUCACAAGAAGGUGACUGUAAUUUCGGAUUCCUUGGUGGAGGAAAACAAAACACUCUGGUCUUGCUUCCAACAAUGCAAGUGUGAUCGCCGGCGUCUUCAUGAGCUCCAGAGGUCACAGCACACUACCACGGACUCUCAUGGCCCCUCGGAUGAUUUCUGAGGGAGACAUAGGAGGCAUUGCUCAAAUCACCUCCUCUCUCUACCUGGGCAGAGGCAGUGUGGCCUCCAACCGGCACCUCCUUCAGGCUCGUGGCAUCACCUGCAUCGUUAAUGCUACCAUUGAGAUCCCCAAUUUCAACUGGCCCCAAUUUGAAUAUGUUAAAGUGCCUCUGGCUGACAUGCCACAUGCCCCCAUUGGACUAUACUUUGACACCGUGGCCGACAAGAUCCACAGUGUGAGCAGGAAGCAUGGGGCCACCUUGGUGCACUGUGCUGCAGGGGUGAGCCGCUCGGCCACUCUCUGCAUUGCUUACCUGAUGAAAUACCACAAUGUGUGCCUGCUGGAGGCGUACAACUGGGUGAAAGCCCGGAGGCCUGUCAUCAGGCCCAACGUAGGCUUCUGGAGGCAGCUGAUAGACUACGAGCGCCAGCUCUUUGGGAAGUCGACAGUUAAAAUGGUACAGACGCCUUAUGGCAUAGUUCCAGACGUUUAUGAGAAAGAGUCCCGACACCUGAUGCCUUACUGGGGGAUUUAAUGCCACCAAAGCCUGCAUCAGCAGCCCCUUGAGCAGUACCAGCAUCUGCUACACACCAUCUGCUCCCCUCUUCACCUUUCUUUUCAAACGGUUGACUUUUGGUUCUCCCUGAAGUGUUUUUUUACACUAGGUGUUCAAGUUUAUUUUAAGAGAUAGGGAGGGAGGGGAGGAACAUAAGGGGAAUGCAUACAUUGCUAGUAACAUUUUUAAAACUAACAUUUUGGAAUAAUGUUUAUGAAAAUCUAUAACUGGCUUUUAAUCAUUUUUAACAAUUUGAACAGUUUAAUAAACUGGUUCUGCUCUAUUCUGAAUGCCAUGCCUUUUGGCAUCAUGGCCGGUGCCGGAGGAGCUCAGUGCAAACACCACUCUGGGCCCUGAUUAACCCUGUAGGGACAAGCUUUGCCCAAGGCUGCCGACCAAAUAAAUGCUUAGGGAAGACUGACACCAGCUUCAGUCUCUACUGGAUUAGCCCCACUCUUUCCUUUCCCCUCUAUUUAGUGACUCUGUAAGUUAAAAAAAAUAAACCUUUAUUAUUUAGCUGUUAAGUAAUUAUAAUGAAAUCUGCUUCAAACACUCUCUUGGAAUCAAUGUGCCCCAGGAUUAUAUUAGCAUUAUUUUUAAUAAAUAUAUCUGCUUAACA